ACCCUCUCUCUCUCUCUCUCUCUCUCUCAGAAAGUCCAAAAUUAUGAGCCAGUUAUCUUCUUCUCCAACUUCUGGUACUGAAUGCGAUUCAGACCAAACAAACCUUUGCUCAAACAAACCACAACAGCCCGAUAUGCACACCCCUUUGAUCCCCCGGACCCCAACACUUCAUCAUCAAAACCAACAUCCCCACAAAACUCGUCUUUCGCUUGCUGUCACUGAAGCCAGGUGCAUAUUCAAUAUAGCUUUUCCCAUGGUACUUACAGGCCUUUUGCUCUACUUCCGCUCCAUGAUCUCCAUGCUCUUCCUCGGCCACCUCAACGAGCUUGCUUUAGCAGGUGGUUCCCUAGCCAUCGGAUUCGCCAACAUCACUGGUUAUUCUCUUCUCUCUGGCCUUGCCAUGGGAAUGGAACCCAUUUGUGGCCAGGCCUUUGGAGCCAAAAGAUUCAAACUUCUUGGCCUUACCUUGCAAAGAACAGUGAUUCUACUUCUACUGACUUCCAUUCCGAUAUCGUUUUUAUGGUUCAACAUGAAGAAGAUAUUGCUCUUUUGUGGUCAGAAAGCCGAUAUUGCAGCCGAAGCACAGUCCUACAUUCUAUAUUCCCUCCCAGACCUCGUUGCACAAUCUCUUCUGCACCCUAUACGAAUAUACCUACGUUGUCAAUCCAUAACUCUGCCUCUGACAUUGUGUGCAGCGUUUUCUAUUCUUCUCCAUGUUCCAAUCAAUUACUUUCUUGUUCAUGUUCUAAAACUAGGAAUCAAAGGCGUCGCUUUAAGUGGUGUCUGGACUAAUUUCAAUCUAGUAGGAUCUUUGGUCGUCUAUAUUGCAAUCUCCGGCGUGUACAAGAAAACAUGGAGUGGGAUUUCCUCCGAGUGCUUCAAAGGCUGGAAAGCUCUCCUGAAUUUAGCCAUUCCAAGCUGCAUUUCCGUUUGCCUAGAAUGGUGGUGGUACGAGAUCAUGAUUUUACUCUGCGGGCUUUUGCUCAACCCCCAAGCAACCGUUGCGUCGAUGGGAAUUCUGAUUCAGACCACUGCUUUGAUCUACAUUUUCCCAUCUUCUCUAAGCUUCGGUGUAUCAACAAGGGUUGGAAACGAACUGGGUGCUAACCAUCCCCAGAAAGCAAAACUCGCCGCAAGCGUCGGCCUCUCUUUCAGCUUCGUGUUGGGAUUUUCAGCAUUGCUUUUUGCCGUAUCGGUUAGGAAGAUAUGGGCUAGCAUGUUCACCCAGGACUCAGAGAUUAUAGCCUUAACAUCAAUGGUCUUGCCCAUUAUCGGUCUUUGCGAGCUCGGAAACUGUCCACAAACAACAGGUUGUGGCGUUCUGAGAGGAACAGCUCGGCCUAAAUUGGGAGCCAAUAUCAACCUCAGCUGUUUCUAUCUUGUCGGAAUGCCGGUUGCAGUGUGGUUGAGCUUUUACUCCGGAUAUGAUUUCAGAGGACUUUGGCUUGGCCUUUUAGCCGCGCAAGGCUCAUGCGUUGUGACCAUGCUGUUCGUUUUGGCUCAAACCGAUUGGGAUCGCCAAGCCCAGAGAGCCAGAGAGCUGACUGGAGCUACCGUCACCAUUGACGAUGAUGAUAAUCAGGAAGACAAGGAUAAGUUAAAGGAGAAAAGUCAGGAUUUUACCAGUUCAUUGGGUAACGUAGAGAGCAGCCAUAAUUCACUAGUUUGAAUUUUCCUCAAGAUUUCUAGAAAUAUUGUUUAUACAAA